UCUUCUUAUAAUAUGAGAAGGAGUCUAGUCUCUAUAAAGGAAUAAUGAAGGCAAGUGACUUCUCUCACAUAAUUAGGAGAGAAAGUGAGCAUUUACUCAAAAUGGAUAUGUCAGCUAGCAAAAUGACAUCAACUGAUGAGUCAUGGACAACUUGGUUAUGUGAUUUGGAACCAGAAGAUUACAAUUUCAUGGAUGACAUUAACAUAACCCCUUUGCCAGAAGAACCUGAAAACUUGCAACAAACUUUAUCUAGUGGUAGCCAUUGUUCUCAAACAACCUCAAGCACUAUGAGUAAUUCCUCAGGUGAUGUUGUUAACAGCUUUGAGGAAAGGCCUACAAAGAUACUCAAAACUACCCCUUCAAACACAGGGUACCCUACACAAAAGAAAGAUCCUUCCCAUUCCUAUUUUCUUUGUUUUAACAAUGAAAAUCCAGAAACAGAACCAAAUCCAAUAUUGAACAUUGAUUCAUCCUUGAAACCAAAAGCCCAGAUUUUGAAUUACGAUGGGAAAUCAGAAAAUAAAAAAAAGGAACCUAAACGCAAUAUUCAAGAGAGUAAGAAAACUGAUUCAGUUACAAGAAAUGCUAAAGAUCACAUAAUUGCUGAGAGAAAAAGAAGAGAAAAAAUUAGUCAACAGUUCAUAGCUCUUUCAGCACUUAUUCCAGACUUAAAAAAGAUGGAUAAAGCUUCUGUAUUAGCAGAUGCUAUAACCCAUGUGAAACAGCUUCAAGAACAAGUGAAAGUACUAGAAGAAAAGAACCAAAGGAUAAACAAAGAAUCUGUGGUAUAUGUUGAGAAGACAAAAUCAUGUUCUUCAGAUGAAGAUGUCUCAGACAACACUUCAUCAAAUUCUGAGUAUGGUAAUUGCUGUCAUCCCUCAAGGUCACUGCCAGAAGUUGAAGCAAGGGUGUCAGAGAAGAACGUGCUGAUAAGAAUCCAUUGUGAGAAACAAAAGGGUGUGUUGAUGAACAUAAUCCAAGAGAUAGAGAAUCUUCAUCUAUCGGUCACAAGUAGUAGUACAUUGCAAUUUGGAACCACCAAACUUGACAUAACCAUCAUUGCCGAGAUGGAUGAGGAGUUCAGCCUAAGUGUGCAGGAGCUAGCUAGAAACCUUCAAGUUGGACUAUUGCAAUUCAUGUCAUUGUAGCUUAGUAGUACUUUAUUGCAAUACAUUAUUUUCAUGUCAAUCAAUGUGUGUGUCUUCAUCUUUCUCAUCAGAAAUUGCCACAUGAUGAAGUAUUAAAAAAAAUCUGUGGUGAUAUCGAUGGAUGAAUAGAAUAGUUGUUGAGUUGAUCCGCAAGAAUUAAGACGUUAGGUCCCUUAUCUUAAUGUGAAAAUUGACUGAAUCACGAAA